UAAAUUCAUAUGUUAAACGAGAAGCGUACUCUCAAACGGUGAAUGUGAAUUUCUGAACAAAAUUUUGAAAUUCCCAAGUAAUGAAUAAUGUUGUUAUUUUGUCCUCAGUGUAGUAACAUUUUAAUGGUGGAACAGGGCACUACAGGCCAUCGUUUCUCGUGCAAUACGUGUCCAUAUAUAUUUAACAUAAAGAAGAAAUCCUCGACCAAAACAUAUCCCCGUUUAAAGGAAGUUGAUCAUGUUAUGGGCGGCGCUGCUGCAUGGGAGAACGUAGAUUCCACUGACGCCGAAUGUCCGACUUGUUCACACAAGAAAGCUUACUUCAUGCAAAUGCAGACACGCUCUGCUGAUGAACCUAUGACAACAUUUUACAAAUGCGCUAAUCAAUUGUGUGGUCAUAACUGGAGAGAUUAGAUC